GGAGACAUGAAUAGAGGCAGAGGCAUCGGCAAGAGGAGGAGCUGUGUAAUCUGACACGGCUGGGCCCAUGAACCGGUCCCACUCCUCCUCCUCCUCCUACUCAGAGAGAGAGAACCAGAGAGAGUGAGCAUGCUGACUUCAGACUGACAUUUGACUCCGUGGUGACUGUGCAGGCGGGACUCUCUCCUUCUUUCUGCGUUUGUUCUGAGAGUUUGCUCCUCUGUGCAACAGCGUGCUUCUUCCCUCUCCGUUUUCUUCACUUGGAGAGCUGACGGGAUACUCUGAAAGUCCUGGGAGUGGUCUAUCUCAAGCAAGUCUUGGAAUGUGCUAAUAGAGGGAAAAGCCUGACAACUUGACUCCUUAACCCUGUUUUUAGUCUUUUUGCCUCUUUCUGGAGAUUGCUGCUGGAAGUCUCCUUCCAGGCACUGGAAUCUGGAUCUACUUGUGUAACAUUCCUUGACUACAGCGAAUAUUUUUUUUUUUUUUUUUUUUUUUCUUCACACACUUUCUGCUCUACCAACUUUCUUUGUGCUCGUCCUGGGCUGUGCUUUACUGAAGAGAAAGUCUUUUAAAACACAAAUAUAUUGCUCUCCACUUUGAGGAACACUUGCUGGAAUUACGCAGAUUGUGCGAGUGUAGGUGUUUUGGGACUCAUCCCUUCCUCCUUUGGGGGGUUGGGGGUGGGGAUAGGCGACCUGUUGGAGCUGUGUUUUUAUCUUAAGCUGCUCUUAGAAGACUGCAGGAAAACGAGCGUGAAACUGAAAAGGAGGGACCCUCUCGUACAGGCCCUUUUGUUUUUAUGGAAAGAGCAUGAUGAAGAGUCAAUCUGCUCCCCAUGUCGGCUACUAUUAGACUACAGCCCGUGUACUCAUGGAAGGGGGUGCUCAAGCUCUUCUCUUGCAUAGCGGCCAGAACUGCUAGUAAACCUAAAGAGGUCCACACAUUUCAAGGAAAGAAGAAAGACGUACUUGGGAAUCAUAUGGACGAAGAAAUGAGUCGCCAGACUGCCACAGCGCUGCCCACAGGAACCUCUAAGUGUCCCCCUUCUCAGCGCGUCCCUACCUUGUCGGGCACCACCGCAUCCAACAGCGACCUCGCCAGCCUGUUUGAGUGCCCGGUCUGUUUUGACUAUGUGCUGCCGCCCAUCCUGCAGUGCCAGAGCGGCCAUUUGGUUUGUAGCAACUGCCGGCCCAAACUCACCUGCUGCCCCACCUGCAGAGGCCCUCUUGGUUCAAUCCGCAAUUUGGCCAUGGAGAAAGUGGCCAACUCAGUGCUUUUCCCAUGCAAGUAUGCCUCAUCGGGCUGUGAAGUCACCCUACCGCACACAGACAAGGCUGAACACGAGGAGCUUUGUGAAUUCCGGCCAUACUCUUGCCCCUGUCCUGGUGCCUCCUGCAAGUGGCAGGGAUCUCUCGACGCCGUCAUGCCCCACUUGCUGCACCAGCACAAGUCCAUAACCACGCUACAAGGUGAGGAUAUUGUCUUCCUGGCCACAGACAUCAACUUGCCUGGGGCGGUAGACUGGGUCAUGAUGCAGUCAUGCUUCGGCUUCCAUUUUAUGCUUGUGCUGGAGAAGCAGGAGAAAUAUGACGGCCACCAGCAGUUCUUUGCCAUCGUGCAGCUGAUCGGCACACGGAAACAGGCGGAAAACUUCGCCUACCGGCUGGAGUUGAACGGCCACCGGCGGCGACUCACCUGGGAGGCGACGCCACGUUCCAUUCACGAGGGCAUCGCCACCGCCAUCAUGAACAGUGACUGCCUUGUGUUUGACACCUCCAUUGCUCAGCUGUUUGCAGAAAACGGCAACCUGGGCAUCAACGUCACCAUAUCCAUGUGCUGAGGACUAACAGCUGUGCAUACUUGAACGCAUACACAAACAUACAAACAUGAAACCAGACAUUUCAAUACACCGCAGGAUACCUUGAGUCGUGCUUGGGGGACGGGGGAGUAGCUAACCUAGGGAACUUUUUGCUGUUGUUCGUUCCGAGUAGUCAUCAAAAAAAAAAAAAAAACUGUUAUUGGUUGGAGCUUGGCACGUCCAACCAGAACUCCUGGGUUCUCAGUUUUAUGCUACAAUAUUAUAUAAGUUAAAUAAUUAAUGUAUUCUACAUUUUUGAGAGCAACAUUCAUUGCCCUUGAAGGUGUCGGAAAGCCACGUUUGUGGAAUGGACAUUUGCAAAUGUGGCAUUUGGAACGAGGGUUUGAGGAACGGCACGCUGAGCUGGAUGGCGGUUGGGAAUAUUGAUCAAUUAUGGGGUGGGUUUGCUCAAAAUGCGCAACCCUUAGAGCAAGUUUUUGUUCGUUCUGUUGUUGUUUCCCAAGACGUUUUGCAUUUCAGUUCAGAUAAAACACUAACUUUUUAUGUUCAAAUAUAAGGUUUUGUUUUAUUCUAAUAUUGUCCCCCCAACACCUUUUUUUUUUUUUUUUUUUUUUUUUUUGUUCCCUUUAAUUUUUCCUACCUUGAGUAUGAUACAGAAAGGUUCUGGUAAUUGGUGCAUGACCACUGGAUAAGUUAUAACAAGUCCAGAUUUCAUUUUAGAAGUCUUGUUUGUUUCUGCCUGUCGCUGCAGUGUUUCUCCUGUUUGUUUUUGAAGGGAUGGCUUGGCACACGCACAUCAAGCCAGGUUAUAAAAGCCACACUUCUUAUUUUUUUUUUUUUAUAUCAAGUACUCUUGAAAGAUAGAUAGAAGUUGUACAGUAUGUGUGAGAUCAUAAGUUUUGUUUCCUAACCUGAAAGCCCUCAAUUACAAACACUGGAGCAAACACUGCAUUGAAUGUCAGGCUAGGAACCGGGGCAAUUAAUACAGUUAUUAUAAUGAGAUUAUUGUCAUAAUUAUCAUUUUGUAAUGACUUAAUAAGAAAAUGGAAUGAAAAAGGCUGUUGUAACCUUGUGGCUAAUCUUCAGUGUUUGUAGAUAGUGUUCUUCAGAAGACAUCCGUGUCUUCUUUUCUCUUUUUGUAAGUCGAUAUUUUUUGUUGCUGUUGUUCUUUGUAUGUCUGUAUUUCUGUUUUUUUUUUUUUUUCAAGGAUAGGGUGAAGCAAAGCCAAACAUCUCUGUGGAUACAUUGUACUGUUGCUAGUCCUGAUCUCUAAUUUUAUUUGUUUUAUUGUUUGUUUUGUUCUAUUUUGCCAGUAAAUAAAUCUAUCUUUUUCAUA